AUGGUAGUCGAGGACGAGUUCAAAAAGGUGAGUCAUCUUUGCUAUAAUUCCUGUAGUAAGGGAAGUAGUAGAGUCUGCGGAUUUCUAUAUGGCUCAGUUGUUUUGUCUGGGUCUUGUUUGUCCAGACCUUAUCCAUCACUUCCCUUUGUGUUUGAUUCCUUAGGAAACAUACAAUUAAUAGAAAAUAUAAAAUUGUUUAAUUUCAAUUAAGUGGAUUUAAGUAUUAAUUUACUUUUGGUUUUCGGAAACAACAUGAUGAUAAAUGGUUUCAGGUAGAAGUGCAGCCAGACGAAUUCAAUGGUUUAAUUGGGAGCUUGGCCGGCAAUUUCAUCAGAGAUAAAGUCGGCGGCGGAGCUGGAGAUCUUCUUGGUGGUCUAGCCGGCAAUUUUCUGAGUGGAAAUGGAGGCCGCGGCGGCGGAUUCGGAGGUCCUGGUGGGGGAGGUGGUGGUGGAGAUCUUGGGAAUAUUCUGGGAGACCUCUUAGGAGGAGGCGGAGGAGGCCGACGUCCUCAGCAGGACUUUGGUGGUGGGGGUUUCGGAGGCGGCGGAGGAAGCCGUGGUGGAGGAUUUGAUAUGGGAGAUCUGGCUGGAGUCAUCGGUGGACUGGCCGGAGGUGGUGGCCGUGGAGGCGGUGGCGGAGGAAAUGAUAUCGGCAGUCUACUUGGAGGUAUGUAUAUAGAUAGCAAAUCUAAUGUAAAUGCAGGUCUGAUUGGUGGAGGUGGUGAUCGUGGUCGAUAUGCUGGCGGUGGAAGCAAUGUGAACGACCAUUUCUUAUCCGGUGGAGUUUGUGAUAUGAUCGGGAACCUGAUUGGAGAAGCGGCUCACCGAUUCCUGGGUGUUAAUCCUCAAACUGGCCGUAUUAUUGGUGCUGUGGCCGGGAAUGUCAUUUUUCAAUUGGGCGGAAAAGAUAACAAACUGAGCAAUGUUGGAAAAGUCAUCUUAGAUAACAUAAUUUCGGGAAAAUUCCAAAGAGAUGUAAGCAUUUCUUUCAUAGAUGGAAUACAUUUUUUAUUUACAGGUGGAUCCCUUCAUUAAACCCGAGCCAGUUCCCACUCCUGGUCCCCCAGUUAGACGAGGGGAAGCGGUCGAUUUCUACGCUGAACGAGAACGAUGUCUUCAGGAGAAGAGACUUUUCGAAGAUCCCGACUUCCCUGCUGACGACAGUUCCCUCUAUUACAGUAGACGAGCUCCCAAAAGAGUCAGCUGGCUUCGUCCUGGAGUAUGUUUUUGUCGUGGUACGCAAUUGUCGCCAUUUUGUAUUAAAAAGAUGCAAUUUGCAGGAGAUUGUCCGUGAACCUCAGCUUAUUUCCGAGGGGCACACUCGCUUUGAUGCCAUCCAAGGAGAACUCGGUGACUGUUGGUUGAUGGCUGCAGCUGCCAAUCUGACCUUAAGAGAUGAACUCUUCUACCGUGUGGUUCCUCCAGAUCAGAGUUUUACCGAGAACUAUGCCGGUAUCUUCCACUUCCAGUUCUGGCAAUAUGGUCGAUGGAUUGAUGUUGUCAUCGACGACAGACUUCCAUGCGAUGAUGAAGGAAAGUUGUUGUACAUGCAUUCUCGCGAGAACAACGAGUUCUGGAGUGCUCUUCUCGAGAAGGCAUACGCCAAAUUGUAUGGUUCCUACGAGGCCCUUAAAGGAGGUACCACCUCGGAAGCGUUGGAGGAUAUGACUGGAGGACUUACCGAGUUCUACGACUUGGCCAAUCCUCCAGAGAACCUUCUGCAACUGAUUGUAAGAGGGUUUGAGAUGGGUUCUUUGUUCGGAUGCUCGCUGGAAGCUGAUCCCAACCAGUGGGAAGCUAGGUUGCCAAAUGGUCUUAUUAAGGUAAAAUAAAUUCUUGCUGCUACUCGCCUAUACUUGCGACUUAAAGUCCAGACAAUUUGCACAGUGCGUCUUUCGCAAAUUUUUUGCGUUUGUUGCCGCAACUUACCGUUUUUGCACUAGCGACAUGCGCUUAUGCACGAGCUCACUCCACGUGCGGCGACAAAAUUGUCGGGACUUUAUGGCGCGUGAUAAGUAUUUUUUUAAAAUGAUUUUCUAAUUUCCAGGGUCAUGCUUACAGUAUUACUGCUGUUAGAAUUGUGGACACACCCAGAGGAAAGGUCCCCCUUCUUCGCAUCAGAAACCCCUGGGGCAAUGAACACGUAGGUUCUUGAUACUUUACUUUUUAACGAUUUGAAUAAUGUUUUAGGAAUGGAAUGGCGCAUGGUCAGACAAUUCCUCUGAAUGGAAUUCGAUCUCUGAAGACGUGAAAUGUGACAUGGGACUGACUUUUGCACACGAUGGAGAGUUUUGGAUGUCUUUUAAAGAUUUUGUACAGAAUUUCGAAAAGAUGGAGGUCUGCAAUCUGGGUCCUGAGGUGAUGGAAGAGAUCUUUGAGAUGACUGGAGUCAAGGCUAACAAAGAUGUCUGGGCCACAAACUCCCAUGAUGGAUCUUGGAGACAGGGAUCUACAGCUGGUGGUUGUCGCAACUACCUUAAGUCCUUCGCUCGCAAUCCACAAUACCGGAUUAAAUUGACAGAUAAGGACCCCAACGACGACGAUGACUUAUGCACCAUCAUCGUUGCGGUUAUGCAGAAAUACCGUCGUGAACUCAAGAACGCCGGCCAAGAGAAUCUUGCCAUCGGAUUUGCUAUUUAUGAUGCGAAUGGAUACAGCGGUCGUUUGGAUACCGAGUAUUUUGCCAAUAAUAAGAGUUGUGGCCGCAGUCCUGCCUUCAUCAAUCUCCGUGAAGUCUCUGGUCGUUUCCGUGUCCCUCCAGGAGAAUAUGUAAUCGUUCCGUCCACAUACGAACCCAAUGAAGAGGGAGACUUUAUGCUCCGAGUAUACACUAGUGGGCUCAUCGAGUCAGAGUAAGUUCUUCCCCAUCAAACACGUGUCAAGGACCCUUAAAAUUAAUUAAUCCUUUAUUUGUUUCAGAGAACUUUAA